UAAUACAAAAAUGGAAGCAGCAACUUUAGAAAUUGAAUGUCGUUUUCUUGGUGAUCAAAAAUUGCCUAUUGACAACAAAAUUGUCGUCAAAAAUAAUAAUUCAAAAUUAUUUAAUGGAAAAAUACAUUCACAAAUACCAAAAUUUCCGAUACUUCCAAAUGACUACGAAAUUAGAGAACUUUCAGAAGAAGAUUUUGAUCAAGGAUUUUUAGAAUUACUUGAACAAUUAACUUCGACUUUGCCUAUUACACGCCAACAAUUUAUUGAAAGAUUACAUCAAAUGAGAAGUCAACAACCGAGGUGUUAUCAUAUUUUCAUCAUUAGGAAGAUAAGCACCUGCCGUAUCGUCGCAACCGCCGCUCUAGUUUGUGAACUAAAAUUUGUCCACAAUUGUGGGAUGCGUGGUCGCGUUGAAGACGUUGUUGUUGACAGUUCAGAACGUGGCAAACGCUUUGGACAAAUUCUCAAUGAAUAUAUUGUACAACUUGCUCAUCAUAUGGGCGUUUACAAAUUAUCUCUUGAAUGUAAAGACCAUUUGAUUCCAUUCUAUCAAAAAUUUGGUUAUCGACAUGACGGCAAUAAUUUCCUGGUGCAACGCUUUAUAUAAGGAAUUAUAAGGAAUUAAUUUUAUUUAAAAAUUUUUUUUGCCUAUAUUCAUAUUUAUGCCUUUAUUCCUUUACAAUUGUUAGAAAAUAAUGACCCUAUGUAGGAAAAAAAGGGGGGAAUCUUUAAAAUGGGACGUUGUUUCAAAUAAGAGGAUAGGAUGUUUCACUAAUCUAACAAUAAGUAAUUUUCUCCGAUCUUUGAAAUUUGAGAUAAAUCUAAAGAGGGAGGGGAGGGGACUAUUCCUGUGGGGCAUUAAUUCCAAUUGUUAU